AUAGUCUUAAACUGGAUUAUUUACGAUGCAAAUGAUGUUGCAGUUAAUGAGGGUAAUGCAUAAACUGCUCGUGCUUCUUUUUUUCUUGUUUAGGAUGACAGAUGAUUUUUUUUUUUCUUCUACUGGGUAGUACUGGGAUCUGUUUCUGUUCCUGAACACUUUAAGGGUAUUUCUUUCAACUGUUUUCUUUUAGGUACAUCUCAGUUCCAAAGUACUCAUUAAGGAAAAGGAUGGAACAAAUGGUGUUUGGUCUUCCCUGCACUGGACUGCGCAGACAGGAUUCAGAAAGCACAGAAGCUCCAUGCUGAGGCAUAGACCAUGUUUGCUACUGGAAUAAAGCAACUGCAAUGGAAAAAAUGUGUUCACUUAGUCCCAGAAACAACUGAUUAUGCAAAGGACAAUGCACAGUGUGUGUCCUGAUGACAUUUUGUGUGAUGUAACAUGCUUAUUGCCAUGGCAUCUGAGACUGAAAAGGCCCAUGCUCUUCUCCAGACUUUCAGCACAGCUUCAGUUAUUUCUAGUCUAGGUUUGGGAGUAUUCUGCUUUGUAGCAGACAGACUUCUGCAAUUUUCUUUCAUUCAGCAAAAUGACUGGCUCCGAGCCUUCUCUGACAAUGCAGUGCACGGUAUACUAGGAAUGUGGUCCUGGGCAAUAGUGAUUGGACUCAGGAAGAAAAGUGACUUCACUGAGGUCACUCUGGCUGGCUUCCUCUCCUCUGUCAUUGAUGUGGACCACUUCGUUCUUGCUGGGUCCCUGUCAUUAAAGGCUGCUCUGACUCUUCCACGGAGACCAUUUCUUCACUGUUCUACUGUGAUUCCUGUUGUGGCUCUGACAUUAAAGUUUAUUAUGCACCUUUUCAGGCUUAAGGAUUCAUGGUGCUUUCUUCCCUGGAUGUUGUUCAUAUCCUGGACUUCUCAUCACAUCCGUGAUGGGAUUCGUCAUGGCCUCUGGAUCUGCCCAUUUGGAAAAACUCCUCCUUUGCCAUAUUGGCUCUAUGUGGGAAUUACAGCAUCUUUACCUCAUCUAUGUUCAUUUAUUAUGUAUUUAACAGGCACUAGAGAAUUAAUGUCUAUAAAACACGGAAUCCGCAUUGAUGUAUAAGAAUGAAGUCUCUUAGAG